CAUCUUGCCAGAUGUCCCUGAAGGGCUGCUUGCAUCUUCCUUGUCUCCAGGUAUGUCUGACACUAACAGCCAAGCGUAUGGCUCGUAAGAACUGUUUGGUGAAGAACCUGGAAGCUGUGGAAACCCUGGGCUCCACAUCCACUAUCUGUUCUGACAAAACAGGCACUCUGACACAGAACCGCAUGACGGUUGCACACAUGUGGUUUGACAAUCAGAUUCAUGAGGCUGAUACUACAGAGAACCAGAGUGGCGCUUCUUUUGACAAGAGCUCGGCUACUUGGACUGCUUUGUCCAGAGUUGCAGGUCUCUGCAACCGUGCUGUGUUUCAGGCCAACCAGGAAAACGUACCAAUUCUUAAGAGAGAAGUGGUGGGAGAUGCUUCUGAGUCUGCACUUCUGAAAUGCAUUGAAUUGUGCUGUGGUUCUGUCAAAGAGAUGAGAGAAAGGUAUCCCAAAGUGGUGGAAAUACCAUUUAACUCUACCAACAAGUAUCAGCUGUCUAUUCACAAAAAUGCAAAUCCAUCAGAAUCCCGUUACUUGCUGGUGAUGAAGGGAGCUCCAGAGAGGAUCUUGGAUCGCUGCAGCACCAUUCUUAUUCAUGGCAAGGAGCAGCCACUGGAUGAGGAAAUGAAAGAUGCUUUUCAGAAUGCCUACCUCGAGUUGGGAGGCCUGGGGGAGAGAGUGUUGGGAUUCUGUCACUUGGCUCUGCCGGACGAUCAGUUCCCUGAAGGCUUCCAGUUUGAUACAGACGAGGUCAACUUCCCUGUAGACAAGCUCUGUUUUAUAGGACUGAUGUCUAUGAUUGACCCUCCUCGUGCUGCUGUGCCAGACGCUGUUGGCAAAUGCAGAAGCGCUGGGAUCAAGGUUAUCAUGGUUACUGGAGACCAUCCGAUCACAGCCAAAGCCAUUGCCAAGGGUGUCGGCAUCAUCUCUGAGGGCAAUGAAACGGUUGAAGAUAUUGCUGCUCGACUUAACAUUCCUGUCAGCCAGGUCAACCCUAGGGAUGCCAAAGCUUGUGUUGUUCAUGGCUCACGUUUGAAGGACAUGACUAGUGAGCAAUUGGAUGAGAUCCUGAUGCAUCAUACAGAAAUUGUCUUUGCCCGGACAUCUCCUCAGCAGAAGCUUAUAAUUGUGGAAGGCUGCCAGCGACAGGGUGCCAUUGUAGCAGUCACAGGUGAUGGUGUGAAUGAUUCCCCAGCCCUGAAGAAAGCUGACAUUGGUGUUGCUAUGGGUAUUGCUGGCUCUGAUGUCUCCAAGCAGGCUGCUGACAUGAUUCUCCUGGAUGAUAACUUUGCCUCCAUUGUCACUGGGGUUGAAGAAGGGCGUCUGAUCUUUGAUAACCUGAAGAAGUCUAUUGCUUACACCUUGACCAGUAACAUUCCUGAAAUCACACCGUUCCUGAUCUUCAUCAUUGCAAACAUACCCCUUCCACUGGGAACAGUCACCAUCCUCUGCAUUGACUUGGGCACUGACAUGGUCCCUGCUAUCUCCCUGGCAUAUGAGCAAGCAGAGAGUGACAUCAUGAAGAGGCAGCCCAGAAAUCCCAAAACUGACAAGCUGGUGAAUGAGCGGCUGAUCAGCAUGGCCUAUGGGCAGAUUGGUAUGAUCCAGGCCCUUGGAGGUUUCUUUACCUAUUUUGUAAUCAUGGCAGAGAAUGGGUUCUGGCCUUCUGGCUUGCUAGGGAUCAGAGUUCAGUGGGAUGACCGAUGGAUUAAUGAUGUGGAAGACAGCUACGGGCAGCAGUGGACCUACGAACAGAGGAAAAUAGUGGAGUUCACUUGCCAUACAGCCUUCUUUGUCAGCAUUGUGGUUGUGCAGUGGGCGGACUUGAUCAUUUGUAAGACCCGAAGAAACUCCGUCUUUCAGCAGGGGAUGAAGAACAAAAUCUUAAUAUUUGGUCUGUUUGAGGAGACUGCUCUGGCUGCCUUCCUCUCCUACUGCCCUGGAAUGGAUGUUGCUCUAAGGAUGUACCCUCUCAAGCCAACCUGGUGGUUCUGUGCUUUCCCAUACUCCCUCCUCAUAUUCCUGUAUGAUGAAGUCAGAAAGCUCAUUAUCAGACGCAACCCUGGUGGUUGGGUGGAAAAAGAGACCUACUACUAAAAAAGCGCCUGUAAAACAUUCCACGCACAGCCCACGCCACCUCUCCACCAUCUCCCCUGUGUGUGUACUUCAUCUUUGUAAGUGCAGAACUGUGCCUGGGCAGGAGUGAGCUGAAGCUAAAGGAAACAUGAAGAAACAUGGACUGGAAGAGACAGGGAGGGGGAGGUGGGGGUGGGGGGAGUGUCUGACCAUCAGUCCAUGGGGAUAAGAGUGAGUAGUUUUAUGUGCCUUUUUGUUUUUGUAAAAGGAAACUGAAGAUUUUAUAUGUGGAUUUUUACAAAUAAAGAUGGAUUAUAAGAGGAUGCCCCCACA